UAUAUUUAAGAAAUGCAGUGGACUCGUGAGUAAAUAGGCCAAAGAAAGAAGAAAUGCAAACAGAACGUAACGUCAGGUGAAGUUCUGGAGCUUCACGGUCAAACAGAGUUGCAGCGUUCUGAUAAACACCUGAAGCAGCUGGAGACUUGAUUUAAAACAGAAAAAAAUCAAUCCAAUAAAAAUAAUAAUAAUAAUAAAGAAAUACCCACUUCUUACAGGGGGCGCUAAAGCUAAUGGCUACGGUGAAGAUUUCUGCUUAGAAAAAGGGUGUAAAUAAAAAAUGUUUCGAAUCAUUUUGUGAUCCUGGGGCCUCCGGAGACUUGGAUAAUGUCUGUAUGCAACCAAUUCAUGCUUUUUUGUUUUUUUGUCCCCAGCUACUUCAGAUGUUUAGGAGAAUGCUGUGACGCUGUUUUUUUGUGCACUUUUGGGUGAAUUUUUGGACACUAUGUAGUUUUCAAACUCAGAAUUUUUAUAUUUACAUUUUUAUAUGAAGUAAUAAUACAAAUUCAGAAACUACACAGUACACCUGAAAUGUUAGUGUCUAAAAACUGACAAGAGUUUGAAUCUGACUUUUAAUUAAAAAAAAAAAAAAAAAAAAAAAAGUUUUUAUAUCUAUACAUAUGGCCAUAAUAUCUUUAUCAUUAUGGCGGGUCUGCUGAACAUAAACAAAGCGAAGUAUGAACUUGUUGUUGUCCCUUAAGGUCAGUUUGUUUAUCAGUCACAAACACAAAGUCAGUCUGUUGGUCUAGUUUCUUAUCUUUCUCUUCUGAUUGCAUUUUCCUCCCAGAAAACUACACAGUGCACCUUUACAGAUGAUGGGUCGCGUGGUAGCGGACUCAUGACCUCAUUAUUUCCAAAGUGUUGGCCGGACAUGGCCCUGGUGUUCUCACGUGUGGCCCCUAAACGACAAGGACAAAAUGCCCUGUUUUUUUUUUUGUUUGUUUUUUUUUUGUGGCUUGCAUGAAAGCCCAUCUGUCCCACAGCCCCUGAAUGCAGCAGGAGUCCUCCCAGUCAGAUCUGGCUGAACGUGACGUGCCGACUCGGAGCCGAGCGAGGUUUCCUGGCGGAGCUGCGGAGGGAGCAGGAGCCGAGCGGGUCUGUCUGUCUGUCCGUGUGUCUGUGUGCCGCCGCAGUCUCUGUCUGUCUGGGACACACUAACCCUCCUCUCUUCGGCUUCCGCGCUCUGGACACGGCAUCAGCGGCUAUGGAUCCUUCGCUGUCCUCCUCCCGUUUUCAGCUCUGAGGGACGUUACUCCGUUGGAUGCUCCAGUGCCCAUAGAGGAGGAGGGGGAGGAGGAGGAGGAGGAGGGGGGCAUCCCUGCCGUUCUUCGACUACCAGGCUGACUCACCGCUGGAGCGCCUGAACACAGAAGAAGAAGAAGAAGAAGUCAGAGAGAACGAGGGAGUGAGGAAAACUGUGAAACCAAGAGCGAGAAGGAGGGAGGGAGAGAAAGAAGGGAGUGAAAAACAUUACAAAGAGGUGAGGAAGAGAGGGAGGGGAAGGAGAGACGGACCACAGCAAGAGAAAGUCAGGUCGGGUCGGCAGGGUGAGAGGAGGAAAGAGAAAGUGAUUGUGGGAGAGAGAGAGAGGCACCACAGACUCAUACGGGCCAGUUGACAGAUCUGAGGUCAGGUGAGAGCGGGGGCGCAGGUAGGCCAGAGGUCGAGCGGUCAGACGGGAGGCUGACUGAGCUGCAGCCCAAACACACUGUCCCACUAACCCCCCAAACCACUGUCCCGUCACCGUCACCACACUGGGAGAGCUGGGAGGACUGGUGACGAGGAGAAGCCACCAUGAGCGACCAGAACGUCGUCAAGGAAGGCUGGGUCCAGAAAAGAGGUGAGUACAUCAAGAACUGGCGACCGCGCUACUUUCUGCUGAAGACAGACGGCUCUUUCAUCGGCUACAAGGACAAACCGCAGGACUCUGACCUGGCCUACCCGCUCAACAACUUCUCUGUAGCAAAAUGUCAGCUGAUGAAGACCGAGCGGCCCAAACCGAACACCUUCAUCAUCCGCUGCCUGCAGUGGACCACCGUCAUCGAGAGGACUUUUCAUGUCGACACUCCUGAUGAGAGGGACGAAUGGGCCGAGGCCAUCCAGAUGGUCGCCGAGUCUCUGGCCAAGCAGGAGGAGGAGGGCAUCCUGUGCAGCCCCACCUCCCAGAUCGAGAACGUGAACGAGGAGGAGAUGGACACCUCCAUCAGCCACUACAAACGAAAGACAAUGAAUGACUUUGACUAUCUGAAGCUUCUGGGCAAAGGCACCUUUGGGAAAGUCAUUCUGGUGAGAGAGAAGGCGAGUGGAACCUACUACGCCAUGAAGAUCCUGAAGAAGGAGGUCAUCAUAGCCAAGGAUGAAGUUGCUCACACGCUCACAGAAAGUAGGGUAUUAAAAAACACUCGGCAUCCAUUCCUAACUUCUCUGAAGUACUCGUUCCAGACGAAGGAUCGGCUGUGCUUUGUAAUGGAGUACGUCAACGGAGGAGAGCUGUUUUUCCAUUUGUCAAGAGAAAGAGUUUUUUCGGAGGACCGCACUCGUUUCUACGGCGCUGAGAUCGUCUCUGCUUUAGACUACCUACAUUCUGCCAAGAUCGUCUAUCGUGAUCUGAAGCUGGAGAACCUCAUGUUGGACAAAGACGGCCACAUCAAGAUCACAGACUUCGGCCUCUGCAAAGAAGGCAUCACCGACACUGCCACCAUGAAGACCUUCUGUGGAACACCAGAGUACCUGGCUCCUGAGGUGCUGGAGGACAACGACUAUGGGCGGGCGGUGGACUGGUGGGGUUUGGGUGUGGUGACGUACGAAAUGAUGUGCGGCCGCCUGCCGUUCUACAACCAGGACCACGAGAAGCUGUUUGAGCUCAUCCUCAUGGAGGAGAUCAAGUUCCCACGGACCCUGUCGGCGGACGCCAAGUCGCUGCUGUCAGGGCUGCUGAUCAAGGACCCCAACAAACGGCUGGGCGGCGGACCGGAUGACGCUAAGGAGAUCAUGCGACACAGUUUCUUUGGCACAGUCGACUGGCAGGACGUCUACGACAAGAAGCUGGUCCCACCUUUCCAGCCGCAGGUCUCCUCGGAGACGGACACACGCUACUUUGACGAGGAGUUCACAGCACAGACCAUCACCAUCACUCCGCCAGAGAAAUAUGACGAGGACGGGAUGGACGCGGCGGACAACGAGCGAAGGCCUCAUUUCCCACAGUUCUCCUACUCAGCCAGCGGGCGGGAGUGAGCGCUCCGGCCCCCCGCCAGCCAGUAUCGUCCCCAUUCGUGGCCAUUUUGAGGAAAACACGUAGCCAUUUUAGGAAAGAAAAAAAAAUACCAGUCUCCCCUCUUUUUCUCCUUCUCUGCCUCCUCACAGACGGGGAGAAGUCUUUUUAGGGACUUUAAAAGAGGUUUUUGCACAGUGGGAUAGACUCCAGCCGGUCUCCCCACACUAAAAAAAAAAUAAGUCUCCUACAUUUUCAGCGCUAUUUACUGCAGAAGGCAAUGUUUUUGUUAUUUAUUUUUUCUCUCUCCGUCAGUAUUAAGUUGUCGACCCGGGUUGCGUUCAUCUUUUUUUGUUUGUUUGUUUGUUCGUUUAUUUGUUGUUUCUGCCCUUUUUUCUUCUUCUUUUGACUUUUUUGCACUUGGUUUGGAAGAGCCGUUUUAGGGAACAAAAAACCAAAAAUGUUGCCUUACGUGUGCAGAUGUUUCGUAUCAUACCGACAGGGUGUUUUUCUUUUUCUUUUUGGGAGAGGGCGGGCGGGUUUCGGGCUUGUGAGGGGUCAUUCUUUGUUGAGAAUAAGUGCAUGGCUCGUGGUUCACUCAAAAGGAAAAACUACAAAAAAAAAACAAAAAAAAGAUAUUUUCUUUCUCAUACAUUUGCCAUGGCAGCGCACAUUCCCCCAAUCCCAUGGCGAUGAAAAUCACUGUCUACAGGUCAACGACAAGGAAAAAACAAAACGACAAAAAAAAAAAAAUCAAAAGAAAGACAGAAUGGACGAGUCUGUAUCAUUCCUCUCAUCGUUGCAGUGUUACCACUUUGCUCUCGUAUUUUUUCAACCCCAUGUGUUUUUUUUUUUUGUUUGUUUGUUUGUUUGAUUGUUUUUUCUCACGCUUUACUUCUCAGUUGGUCUUUUAUUUUGAAACAGGAAACACUAAACUGCCAGAAACUGCACAGUUCACUCAGGCGCCACAGAGCACAACCGCGUUCAAACUCAGCUAACCGCUCCAGCUUUCCACAGCCGGCAGGGGAACGAGGCCUUUCUCUGCUUUCUCACCGCUUCUCCUCCUCCGCCUCCUCCUCCUCUUCACCUCCUCCUCCUCUUCACCUCCUCCUCCUCCUCUCACCUCCUCCUCCUCUUCUUCACCUCCUCUCUUCUGUUUCCUCAUCGUAGCUGUAGGACUAGUGGAAUGGGUGUUUACACAGGGAAAUGUGGCUUAAUGUAUGUAUGUAAUGUAUGUAUGUACUGUAUGUAUGUGGGACAUGGGGGUCAACUAUAUGCUGUCAUAGCACACACACACACACACACACACACACACACACACACACACACACACACACACACAAACAGGAAACAGCUGUGAGUUCUGUGUGCUGAUCGGACUGAAGUCGGCAGUUUGCUCCAAACAUAAACUAAUCACUAAAAUCAGAAAACUCGCUGCAACUCCACCAAGUGGUUACCGGGUUUGGAGCACUGGCUAUGUUGCAUUGUGGGUAAUGUAGGCACCUUUAUAGUCCACACAUUCUUCUGCUUCCUCCUCCUUUGAGGGGAAUGAGCUCAUCUGUUUUCUCUUUCUUGCUGAGUUUCAGAUGAAAACGUCGAUCCCACAAUCUCACGUCUGCAUGUUGAACCCAGCGCUACAGGCCGGAGGUGACUAGCUUAGCUUAGCUUAGCUUAGCUUAGCUUAGCUUAGCUUAGCAGAAAGACAGACAGUAGGAGUAAACAGCUAGCCUCGUGCUGUCCGAAGUACAAUAACAACUCAAGCAACUUCUCUAAAGAUGAUUCAUUAACAUUUAUGCAUCUUAAAACAGCUUGAACUCCAAACUGAAUCUAAUUAAACCUUCUUGGAGUUUCAGUGGAGGAACGCUCCCGCUGUUGGCAUCCAGAGUCUUUGGACCCAUGUGUUCCCUGAAAACAAGAACAUUUACACAAAACAUCUUAAUACAAGAAGCUCCAAACUCUGAAGUGUUUGUAUCCUCAUAAUGCUGGUUCAGUCUGGAUGAAAACAUGCUUCAGAUAAGUUUCAGUGUGGCGUCGAUGCGUCUAGCUGAGAUCUGCAUCAUAAACAACAAGAACUAAACGUAUCGGCACCGACCCGACGAGUCCUGUGGGAAGUGCCCAACAUGUCUCGAGUAACAUUUGACUGAUUCAGAGGAUUUUUAUCAGUUUGUGGGGCUGCAACUAACAAUUACUGACAGUACUGAUUAAUUUUCAUCACUUAGCAAUGAACCGAUUAAUCUAAAAACUGUGAAAAUGUUGGUUACAGCGUCCCGGAGCUCCACGUCUCUGCUUCUCGUGUCCGACCAGCAGCUCAAAGUCCAAAGACUCUUUAUUUACCGUCAUCAGUGAGAAAGAAAAGCAGAAAAUUGUCACGCUUAAGAAGCCAGAACCAGAAAAUAUUUGACGUUCCUGCUCGAGAAAUGAAUAUCAAAUAUCAAAAUAGUUUGUCGAUGAAUUUUCUUUUGAUUAAUCAGAAUCAGAAUCAGAAUCGGCUUGUCGCUGCAGCGCUGAACACUAAAUGUCUUGUGUUUCUGGAGAAAACUGCUGACUUGAUCGGCUCUGCAGGAGUCGGCUCGCGCUCCUCAGGGUUCCUGCACACAUCUGGAAGGUUCAGAGAUUCUGAGCUGUUUGCAGUUGCAAAAGAUUUUUAGAAAAGAACUGCUCUCUGAUGCUGCGUCAUCUCUUCCUCUUGCAGUUCAUGUGUGAAAGUAAUGAAACAGGUCCGAGAAAUAUGAAACAUAUCGAACGAACGAGUAGAAACGAGUGUAGUUUGGACCUUUGUGCACCUGUGUGGGAGCCCUGCAGCACACAUCCACAUUCACAGACCGACACAGACACACAAAGACUGUUUUAGACGGUAAAUCAGAGUGAACAACGUUUAAUUUAUCACGCGGACACUAACAGAAACGAGGCUUCCAGCUCCGUCUUCUCCUGUCAGCACGAUGAGAGAGGAUUCAUUUCUACACACCUGUUUUUAAAUCUGAACCGAGGGGUAUCAAUAAAUCACUAAUCAUGUCACAGAUCACCAGAAAACUGAGCCGUGAGACACUCAUGUAUGAAGACUGUGAGGACUGCCAGAAAAAAAAAAAAAGUCGAGUCGCCCCAAAACUUCUUGAUGUAAAUAUGCAAUGCCUUUUUCUUUCCUUCUGUUUUAUUUCUUAUUUUUUGUUAGUGGCAUCUUGACAGACGAGACAUAAACAUUUUUGUUUCCUGUGUGACUGUACUUCAAGCUUGCUGAUGAGAAUAGUGACUGAAAAAACACAACAAAUGACCCAAAAACCUGCAUUUAAGAAAAGAAAAAAGAAAAAAAAAAAGAAGGAAAAAAAAUCAACAACAGACGUGUUGAAGACUGGACCCGCCAUCGUUUCUUUAUUCCGUUUGUCCUCGGGUUGAUUGGCCGACUCGACUCGUUAUCGUCCAUGGAGGAUGUUUCCAUGGAGACAGACCCCGCCCCCUGACCCCACCUGACCUGACCCCGCCUUCCUUUCCGUCGACGUGGUCUCUGAAAACGACCGACUCCGAGUCUCUGAGAGGACGUGACUGUAACUGUGGAGUCUGCACUGUCACCUCUGUUCCCUCCACCAACACACAGUGGGACCAUGGCUGACUUUAGUCUUUAUUUUUGUUUUUUUUUGCAGUGCUGGUUUCAUCAGGUUUCUCCAAUCCCAUCAUCCCUUGCUCCUCCUCCUCCUCCUCCUCCUCCUCCCCUUUUUUUGUACCAUAGUAUUUGUUUUAUUUAUGUUUGUCAUUCUAGGCAGUGUUACCUUGUAUGUUGUUAAAAAAGGCACCUCGUGAAAGUCGCUGAAGGAUGAAGAUGAUGAUGAUGAUGAUGAUGAUGAUGAUGAUGAUGGAUGCAUUAACUGAAGUCUCUUUUUAUUCUUUUUUUUUCUUUCUUUCUUUCUUUUUUUUUUUGUUUUGGAUCGUUUGCUUGUUUGUUUUCUUACCAAAACAUUAGGGCAAGAACCCAGUAGUGGACUUGCGUUGCCGUGGUAGUAUUUAUUUUGAAUUAAAUUAAAAGAAAUACAUUUCAGGGUU